ACAAAAACCCUACUACUAUACCAAUCUUUUUCAUACCUACAUUCAUCUUUUUUAUUUUAUUACAAGCAACGUAACUAUUUAAUUAUAUUAAUUAAAAAGAAAUGGAGAGAGUGAGCAAAAUGGUGUCGGAGAAGCCGGUGGUGAUAUUCAGCAUGACCACGUGCUGCAUGAGCCACACGAUCAUAUCCCUCUUCAGCGACUUCGGCGUCAAUCCUAUGGUCUACGAGCUCGACGAGAUCUCGAGGGGCCGAGAAAUCGAGCAAGCCCUAUCUCGACUCGGCUGCAACCCCACCGUGCCGGCGGUGUUCAUCGGCGGCGAGUUCGUCGGAGGGGCCAACGAGGUCAUGAGCCUCCACCUCAAAAGGGCCCUCAAGCCCAUGCUUAAAAGAGCCGGCGCACUUUGGGUAUGAUUAAUCCGGCGCCGACACGAAUUAAUUAAUAAUUAAUAAUUAAUAAUAAUAAUUACAGUGCAGUAAUUUUUGUUGCACGUGUUAUUAUAUAAAUAGGUUUAAAGUUUAAUUAAGAGUGGGGAUUAGUUGACUAGUCUCUGUUUGUUUUAUGAGGCUUUUUGUAUGCUCCAGUUUUGCCUAAUAAUCUACUGAAUUAAAUAUAUUUCAUUUUUAAUGAUUUUUUUUUUUUGG